UUGGUUUUCAAGCUUUUACACUUCUUGGAUCACCAUUGAUCUUUCUCUGAUUCUAAUAUUCUCAAGUAUUAAUCAUGGGAGAUGCAGCUGUUUCGGCUCUUGUGAGGGAUGUGAUAGGGAGACUGACUUCUGAACUUAUCAAAGAGUUUGGUCUACUUCGGCGAUUCAAGGGCGAUAUUUUGGCUCUCAAGGAAGAUUUCGAGCAGAUCCAGGCUGUUCUUGAAGAUGCAGAAGAGAAACAAGUCAAGGAAAAGGCUGUAGAGUUAUGGCUUCGACGUCUCAGAUCUGCAUCCUUGAAGGUUGAAGAUGUGCUGGACGAGGUCAAAACUGAAGCUUUGCUACGAAGUCUACAUAAAGAACUAGGCAUUAAAUACAAGGUAACAGUCUUAUUCUCCAAAUUUAAGUUUCGUGUUAGGGCUGCUCAUAAAGUUAAAGCCAUAAGAACAAAACUGGAUGAUAUUUCAUCUAAGAGACUUAAGUUUAACUUGACUGCUAGUGACACGAGUCAUGUAGAUGUGGGAGUUAAAGGUGAGAUGCCGAAUAGGGAAACGAGCUCGCUUAUACUUGAUUCUUCAAAAAUUUUAGGAAGAGAUGAAGAGGUGGAGAUGGUUAUAAGAACAAUAUGCAACAAAGAUAUAGGAAAAUAUGAGAAUGGUGAGAUUCGGGUGUAUGGUAUAUGGGGUAUGGGAGGUCUAGGAAAGACUACUCUAGCUCAGUUAGUCUAUAACCAAACGAGUGUUGCUCAAUAUUUCGACUUACAAUGUUGGGUGUAUGUCUCUGAAAACUUCCAAGUUAAAGAGAUAAUAAAAGCAAUCAUCACAUCCAUAGAUAAAAGUGAGUGUACAGUUACACAUCUAGAUGUGUUGCAAGAGACCCUUCAAAGCAAGUUAAGGGAAAAGAAAUUUUUAAUUGUACUAGAUGACGUUUGGGCUGAAGAGAACGAAAAGGAAGAGUGGGAAAGGUUAAGUGGAACAUUAAGUUGUGGGGCAGAAGGAAGUGUUGUUGUGAUGACAACAAGGUCAGAGAGAACUUGUCAAAUGAUGGCUAAGGUUGGCGAGCUACGACAUCAAUUGGGAUGUUUAUCAGAAGCGAACUCAUGGUUAUUAUUUAAGCUGCAUGCAUUUGCACAAGGAAGAGUGGGGGAUGACGAACGUAAGCUAGAGCCUAUUGGAAGGGAAAUAGUUGUGAAAUGUAAGGGGCUGCCUUUGGCGGUGAAGACUUUGGGCAGCUUAAUGUGGUCAAAAAGUAGUAGCAACGACUGGCAACGUGUGAAAGACAGUAACAUAUGGAACUUACAAGAAAAUAAUGUCUUGCCUGCUUUAAAGUUAAGUUAUGAUAACUUGGCUCCACAUAUAAAGAGAUGUUUUUCUUAUUUUUGUUUGUUUCCUAAAGGCCACAAACUAAAAAAAGAUGAACUGAUCUUGUUGUGGGUAGCAAACGGUUUCAUUCCGCCCAAAGGAGAAACAGACUUGUAUGUGAUUGGGGAAGAAAUUUUCAGUUGUUUGAUCUGGAAAUCCCUCUUCCAGGUUGAGAACGGAUUUCGGGAUGGUAUUGAUACAUGUAAAAUGCAUGAUCUAGUGCAUGACAUGGCACGGCAUGUAAUGAGACAUGAUUGUUUAGUUAUAGAGCCUGCUUGUAACAAGGAUGGAAUCCCAAAUGAGGUGCUUCAUUUGAGCUCGUCAUGUCCGGAUGAAAAGUUAAUUUUAUCAUCUGAGGAUUUAGGAAAGUUAACAUCAUUAAGGUCAAUAUUCAUGUUCGGGGAGGGGGAUGAAGAUUGCAUUACUCAACUUUUCAACCACGUGUAUGUAAGGGUAUUACACUUGGCUCUUACAAAGUUAAGGACAUUACCAGAAUCAAUUUGUAAACUCAAACAUCUGAGAUACUUGAAUUUAUCAAGUUCAGAUAUAGAAGUUUUACCUGAUUCGAUUCUGUAUCUCCAAAACUUGCAAGUGUUGAUUUUAUGUUAUUGUAGGAGAUUGCAUUAUUUGCCUGAAUCGAUUUGCAAGCUCAGAUAUCUGAAAUACUUGACCUUACUAGGCUUAGGAAUAGAAUUUUUACCUAUCGGCCUAAAAGACAUGAUUAGCCUUCAAUGUUUGGACAUCAAUGAUUGUUAUUCACUCCGACAUUUGCCGUUUGGAAUCGAGAAACUAACUAGUCUUCGAAUGCUUUCAUGGUUUCCUGUUGGUAAGGAGAGAGGGGCCAAAAUAAGUGAAUUGGGGGAUUUAAAUCUUCUUGAGGGGAAGUUGGAGAUAUACGGACUUCAGAAUGUUGGAGGUUUAAGUGAGGCCAAGAGUGCCAAUCUCAUAUGCAAAACAAAUCUGUCAAGUUUGGUGUUAGUCUGGUCAAACAGUGGUACUAUCAUCACAGAAGAAAGUACACCAGAAAUGUUUGAAGAGGUUCUUGAGGGAUUAGAGCCAAAUCCAUCUUUAGAGAUAUUGAAAAUGCGUAGUUACAUGGGAAAGACCAUUUCUCCAAGUUGGAUGGACAAUUUAAGGAAUUUGGUUGAAAUCCAUUUCUAUCGAUGUAGGGAAUGUGAGCAUAUUCCACCACUUGGGAGACUCCCCAGUCUUAGGGUUAUUCAGUUGGUGAGCAUGGAUUCUUUGAAGUAUUUUCAUGAUGAUGAUAUAAACAUGUCAGUAGACAACAACGAUAUGUUUAAUUGUUUACAAAGAUUAAAGAUCAGCUGCUGUUGGGAAUUAAUUUCUUUACCAGAUAAUCUUCCAAAACUGGAGGAUUUAGAAUUAGAAGAUUGUCAGAAAUUGAUUUCUUUACCAAAUAAUCUUCCAAGCAUCAGAAAGAUGAAAUUUGAAUAUUGUAAUGGAUUACUUUCUCUACCGGAUGAGAUUCAGAGUUUCAAGGAUCUAAACAAACUUGAGAUACGUUUUUGUAAACAUCUAUAUAAAAGGUGUGAAAGAGAGAAGGGUGAAGAUUGGCAUAAAAUUUCUCACAUUCCCGAUCUAAGUAUUCAAGCCCCAUUCUCUUGGGAUGAUGAAGAAGAGAGUGACGAAUGAUGAUUGGCGACUACACUUGGCACUCUAUACACAAGGAUCAAAUAUGGAUGAUGUGAUUUGUUGAUAAAUACAAUGGAUGGAAGACGUGGUAUCUGUAUGCAAUUUCGGACCUUAGUAUUUUACUUCAUUUUUAUCAUCUAAAAGUAUUUAGACAUUAAUUUGGAUAUUGUUGUUUAUUUUUAAAAUGUUGGAUAUUGUUGAAUUGUGUUGAGAAAUGUUAUUUAAACUUUAAUUUGGA